AUGCAGCGUAAGUCCGGAAUCAUCAAUCACUUCAUGCUACUUCAUGCCUUCAUGACAUGCUUAGUGAUAUCAGCUGGAAUUAUACUUCUUGAAGUCUACAAUUCUCUUGAACGGCUACUUCCAUUUAUUGGCGAUGUGACAUUCCGAAUAUAUGCAUUUAUGAUAAUCUAUUCGAUACAUUUAAGAUAUGCAGCUGAUGAGAAAGAGAAGCUUGAUAAUGCUGAAGUGGCAUCAGCGAUUCCAUCAGAUAAUUUAUCAAAUGCUGAAGCUCAAACUGCGAUAACAAAGCAGUCACCGUUAGAUCGAUAUGCUGAAAUUGGAGGUUAUGUGUUUGCUGUGCUCAAUUUAGUCGCUGGAGUUAUUGCCAUGCCUUAUUUUCUCUAUUGUGUGUUCACUGCGUAUAUCCAUGCGGAUCAACUUAAGGAUAGUCUUGUACUGUUAGCUUGUGCUACACUUACGACAAUCUUGGCUCUCAUUCUGUUUGUUGGAAUCAGUCAGCGCAAAUCAACAUUCGUCCUUCCAAUGCUCAUAGUCAAUGCAAUUCUUCUCAUCGUUGCCAUUACAUCUGUAAUCCUUCCGACUAUCCUUCACGAUCCAGGCGAACCAAAAGUUCCAAUAAAACGAGAAGAUUUAAAAUUUGAAGACAAACUGCCGCACUUUAGUGCUCUCAUGAUUGUCGCUUGGGUAUUCUUGUUCCUAUGCGUGUGGUCUUUAAAUGAUAAAUUCAAGAGUGAAGAGCAUGAUAGGAAGAUUAUGGCGGCAGAUAAAGAUGCAGUUACAAGUUAUGGUGCAGCAGAUGGAGGUCACAAAUAAGAAUUUUUGAAAUGAUGCCAAAAUAAUAUAUGAUGAAUAUGUGGAAAACUUUGCCUUACAACUCAUGAAGUUUAACAAUUUUUUCUGUCCUUAUUUUUGUUGAUUUUAUUAUUUGAGGUUAUUUUUGG